UAAAAACUAGAGUUCCCAACUUAACUAUGCAACACAAGUCUUAGUUCUGUCCUUCUCUUGUCCCAAUAUAGUUGCAAAAUGAGAAGCUUUGGGAAUUUAGGGCAAUGGCCUCUUCUUGCUGUUGCUUUGGCAAUUUGCUUUGUAGCCAGCACUGUUGUUGCUGAUUACUCUAAUGGGUAUACUUCUCCCUCACCUUCUUACAUUUCUAAGAAGUAUUACAAAUCACCAUCUUUACCCAAGUACCCAGUACCUACUCCUUACUAUAAGUCACCUGCUAUUGCAAAGCACUACUUCAAGUCGCCAGUUUCUGUAAAAUACUACAAGUCAACGGUUCCCGUAAAAUACUACAAGUCUCCCGCUCCCGUAAAAUACUACAAGUCUCCAGCUCCCGCAAAAUACUACAAGUCGCCAGCUCCCGCUAAAUACUACAAGUCCCCAGCUCCCGCAAAAUACUACAAGGCGCCAGCUCCCGCUAAAUACUACAAGUCACCAGCUCCUUCAAAGAACUACUACAAGUCACCAUCGCCUACAAAGUAUUACAAGUCACCAUCGCCUACAAAAUAUUACAAAUCGUCUGCUCCCUCUAAAUACUACAAGUCACCGCCGCCACCAAAAUAUUACAAGUCUCCACCACCUCCAGCUUAUUAUGAAAAAUCACCUUCGUAUUACAAGUCACCUCCACCUCCUCCAAAAUACAAUGAGCAGUCACCUUAUUACAAGUCGCCUCCACCCCCACCAAAAUACUAUGAGCAAUCACCAUCUUCUUACAAAUCUCCACCUCCACCAUACUAUAAAGAUUCUACACCUUCCUAUAAAUCUCCUCCACCUCCACCAAAAUACUACGAACAAUCACCUAUAACUUACAACUUGCCAUCUCUACCAAAGACCUAUGAAAAAUCACCAUCUUAUUACUCACCUCCACCACCAGCGAACUAUUACAAGCAAACUCCCACCUAUACCUCACCUCCACCACCUGAGAAGUACGAGCAAUCCGUCACCUAUGCUUCACCUCCACCCCCAUCAGCAUCUCCUCCGCCAACCUACUACUAAUUUUAACUAUUCAAUUAUUUUCCGCCAUUUCCAUGACUUUAAAUUCCUUUUUUUCCUCUUAUCUUUAGCAACUCCAUUUCCUACGCCAAAAUUUGAUGUAUGUUUCCCGAAAUGAUCGGCUUUUGCUUAUUGUGCGUUCAAUGUUCUUCUAUUUUAAUAAUUUGUAUUAUGUAUUUAUUUGAGAUUUUAAGAAAGAUCCUCAUGAUCUCUAUCAAUUCUCAUAUUUGAGUUUCAAAAUACUGUGAUUUUCCUUUGUUA